AUCCAGCUUCGCGCGACAUCUCCGCGCCAACUCUCGACUUCGGCGCCUCACACUUGCACGAGCGCUGCAAGUAGUAUAUAUAGUCUUUGUAACACCUGCCACUUGAUCUGAGCGGCCACAGACAUAAACGCGCCCCAGCAAUGGCUUCGCGACUGGUGCUGGUCCUAGGCGACCUCUUCAUACCAGACCGCGCUUCGGAUAUACCAGCAAAGUUCAAGAAGCUCCUCGCGCCCGGCAAGAUCGGCCAAAUCCUCUGCUUAGGCAACAUAACCGACCGCGAGACGUACGAAUUCCUGCGCGGGAUUGCGCCCGAUCUGCAGAUUGUAAAAGGCGACUUUGACGUGGAAGCGCCGAAUCUCGCCCUGUCAAAAGUAGUCACACACGGCAGUCUGCGCAUAGGCUUCACGCACGGCCACACCAUCAUACCACCGGGCGAUGGCGACAGUCUGCUGAUAGCGGCGCGCCAGAUGGACGUCGACGUACUCUUGUGGGGUGGGACGCACAAGUUUGAGGCAUAUGAGAUGGAGGGCAAGUUUUUUGUGAACCCUGGGAGCGCAACGGGCGCCAUGUCGACGGGUUGGUGGCCCGAGGACGAAGAUCCCACGCCGAGCUUUGUCCUCAUGGACGUGCAAGGUGACGUGCUCGUCCUGUACGUCUACCAACUCCGCAAGGACGCCGAAGGCAAUGAGAACGUCGCAGUGGAGAAGGUGUCAUUCCGGAAAAACGGAGGUGGUGCAGCAUAGACGGAAAAUGAAUGGUUGUACCAACGAGCGACGACGACGGAGUGGGGUGGUUGGAAAGACUGAAAACGCAGAUCAUAAAAUGCGUUCGUUGUACAAAGCAUUUCCCCCAACUAGUAGUAAGGCCAUGAUUCAUGUGUUUCCCCCCAACGAAUAGCGAAAGUUCCAGGGUUCCACCGCAUCACAAGAUGCUAUUGUGUGCUCCCUUUUUUUACCCC